UCCCACAGAAAAUCUGAGAAUUUUCAGUUUAUAAGCGCCCAUGAAUUCUCGACCUUGAAGAAAAACCGAUCAAAUCUCCAACCUUUAGCCAUGGUUGCUGCCUCGAAGCUAUCUUCAUGCAUAGCAAUGGCAGUCGCGGCUGUCUCCAUGCCCGCGCUCUCCAGCCGCGCCUACGCCGACUCUCCCUUCCGAUUUAAUCCGUUCUCGUACUCUUCUCCUUCUCCUCCUCCGCCUUCUGCCGCUCCUGCGGACCAGAGCCCCAAUGCGAAAUCGGAACCGCAAGCUGAAGAGCCCAGAGGGUCGGGGUUCGAUCCCGAGGCUCUCGAACGAGGUGCCAAAGCUCUCCGCGAAAUCAAUUCGUCUAAAUUAUCCAAGCAGGUUUUUAGUCUGAUGAGGAGCCAGGAAAAAAGUCGCCUCACUGAGUUGGAAGCGGAGAAGGCUCAUUUUGAAGCAAUACAGGCUCAAAAUGAUCUUGAAAGGAGUAAGAACAUGGCUGAGGAACAACUAAAUAUACUGCAACAAGAAGCACAGGCAAAGGCUCAAAUGCUUCGUAUGGAAGAUGAACAUGCGAGGAAUAGAAUGAAGAUGGAUCAUGAAAAGCAGAGGCAGAAUAAUGCUGAAAUGCUUAGGAUGCAAGAGGAGUCAAAUAUCCGAAAAGAGAGAGCAAGACUUGCUACUGAGGCACAGAAGCAAGAGCAGCAGCGCCAAACUGAAAGAGAGAAACAUGAAUUAGAACUAAAAAACAUAGAAGCAGAAGCCAUUGCAAACGCUAAAGGUCGGGCCCAUGAAGCAAAACUGAAUGCAGAACUUAACAGGAAUAUGCUUCUAGAUCAGAUGAAUGGUGAAAAAGAAAAAUGGCUUGCUGCAAUCAAUACAACUUUUAGUCACAUUGAAGGGGGCAUUAGAACUUUGCUGACUGAUAGGAAUAAGUUGGUUAUGACCGUUGGGGGUGCUACAGCAGUGGCUGCAGGUGUUUAUACAACUAGAGAAGGUUCUAGAGUUAUAUGGGGAUAUGUCAACCGCCUGCUAGGGCAGCCAUCUCUGAUUCGAGAAUCAUCCAUUGCAAGAUUUCCAGGUUCAGAGAUGCUUUCUCUAGCAAAGAAUAAAGUUUUAAAUUACAGUACUGGAUCUUCGCAAGGUAAGAAUGGUCUUGCAAAUAUCAUUCUCCAUCCUUCGUUGCAGAGCAGAAUAGAGCACCUUGCUCGAGCUACAGCAAACACUAAGGCUCACCAGGCCCCCUUUCGCAACAUGAUGUUUUAUGGCCCCCCUGGCACUGGUAAAACCAUGGUUGCAAGAGAAAUAGCUCGAAAAUCGGGUUUGGAUUAUGCUAUGAUGACUGGAGGAGAUGUUGCACCCUUGGGUGCACAGGCUGUUACUAAGAUUCAUCAGAUAUUUGAUUGGGCUAAAAAUUCAAAAAAAGGUCUACUGCUUUUUAUUGACGAGGCAGAUGCUUUCCUAUGCGAGAGAAACAGUACACACAUGAGCGAAGCUCAACGUAGUGCUCUAAAUGCAUUGCUCUUCCGAACUGGAGACCAAUCAAGAGACAUCGUUCUAGUACUUGCCACAAACAGGCCAGGAGAUCUUGACAGCGCUAUCACUGACAGGAUGGAUGAAGUGAUUGAGUUCCCACUUCCUGGAGAGGAGGAACGAUUCAAACUUUUGAAGCUAUACUUGAACAAAUAUCUUGCUGAUGAAGGCAAAAGCUCCAAGUCAGGCAUUUUCCUCAAGAAGAAACCUCAAAAGAUUGUGAUAAAGGAUGUGUCUGAUGAUCUGAUCCGAGAGGCUGCACGUAAGACAGAAGGGUUCUCUGGCCGUGAGAUAGCUAAACUCAUGGCCAGUGUCCAAGCAGCCGUGUAUGGACGCGAAGACUGUGUACUGGAUUCGCAAUUGUUUGAGGAAAUUGUAGAUUAUAAAGUUACAGAGCACCACCAAAGAAUGAAACUAGCAGCUGAAGGUGGUCAUCCGGCUUAGCUAUGGAAUUUUAUUCCCCGGCUCAGUUGAUAGAGAAGUAGGAAUCCGGCAUCUAUCAAAACCCCAGAUGGUAGAAAUUCGUAGUGUGAAUUUAUAUUUCGCAUUCGAUGUAUUGAAAUAAGUUAUUCAUUCAGUCUUUUGUUAAAUUAGUUGAUGAAGCAUGUUUCCUAACA